CUCUCAUUUGGGAAAUUGAGUCUGUAGAUUGCUUUCCGUCAUCCAUGGAAGCUGAGACACAGUUGGGUCAGUUGACCAUGACCUCAGCUGUGCAUAGUGAGUCAUGUUACAUUCAAAUUAAGGUCAGUACCUUUCCACCAUCAAAUUCCAAAUGCCCAGUAAUAGCAGCCACUUACUGGGCUAUGACCACCUUAUGUUCUCCAGUUAGCUGGUAACCCUGCAUGACGUUUUCCUAUUCACAGACACUAAGGGUGGUCUAAGUGUUUGUCUUCUCCAGUGGAAUUGUGCCAGAACUCUAGAGUUGUUAGCAUCAAGGGUUCUCUCAAGAUCAACCAACACAGCUAAUGAUGGCAGCCACAUGACUAAGCUGGGGCACUGUGGCUCUGACUUUAGAGGCCCAGUGUUAUAGGAGUGAAUUAGGGUACAAAGGCCACCUGCUUCAAGUCUGAUUUUUAGUGUCCCUGAACAACUGGACUAGGAAUGGACACAGGGAUGCUGAUAGGAAAAGAAAGUUUAUUAAGAAAUCGCUUCCCAGGGUGGAAGUGGACCAAGUGGGGAAAGGUUAGAAGUUUAGUGGUGCAUGUUCAGAGCAGAUUGGCACAUUUGUCACUAAAGCUUGGAGAUCAGUAUAACCAUUCCAUCAGACCAGAGUCAAAACGGCCUAACCACGUGCUGAUGUGACAGGAGAGAAUGUGUAGAAUGUAGUGGGGAGGGGGACACAUUUACUUGUUGGUUGUUUGCGCACUUUGUUACAAGACAGAGUGCUGAUAGGAAGGAGCUUCCAGUCUUUGAGCCGACUGGCUUCUUUCAUAUGCCAAUUCUCACUACUUCUGUUCUCCUUGCUCCCUUCCCCCUACACCCUUCCCUCUCCCUGUCUUCCUCCCCGCCUCCUCCCUUUCCCCUGUCACCACCACACACUGUCCUGUCACACCAGCAUGUAGUUAGGCCAUUUGACUCUGACUGGAUGGAAUACUGUUCCCCAAGUUAUGGUCUCUGUCUUAGGGGUUUUGUUUGUUUGUUUUAUUCCCCCUGGCUGCGUUUAUUUUAUUAUUUUCCUAUGGACGAAAGACACCCAAAAAGUAAUAACUUCAAGUGUUUAUACCCAGGUAAUAAGGAACUCAGGAAGAGAGAUUAGGUUUUUGUUUGUGAUAAGUGACACCUGUUAAAUGCAAGGGCUUAUUUUUAUGUUUUCUUAACUACAAGUUAAACUGGUUGUGUCGCUUGCUCACUAGAUAGCUUUAUACUGGUUGAAGUAUAACAGUCCCUCCUCCUGGACCUUGACCAACCAAACCCAACUAUUACCUAACUUCAUUUAGGCCUUCAGUGACUGAGGACUGUAAGAAGAAUGCUCCUUUGCUUUUUGAUAAAACUGGUUUAGCACACAUGACUUGUUUAAAUUUUCAAAAUGUCUGGCAAGUUUUUUAUAAUUCUACUUUUAUUGGUGACCCCAGGCGAAGCGAGCAAGUCAUUUCUCAGUUUUCUGAAUAUACAAAAUGCAGAAAUGCUGUCAUUUACAGAGACAGAAGAAACCGUCAUUGUGAGGUCCAGCUACAGAGAUAAACAGCCUCACUCCAGCUACCUCCUUGUGAAGUCAGAGGAUCCUAACGUGCUGCAGGUGAUGAAUGUGACCAAGACCUCCCUGGGCAUCACAGACUUUACCAUCAACCUGAAGACUUUCCCAGGAGAGACAAAUCUGACUGUGCAGCUCUGGGAGUCUGGAGGUAGGCAAACAACCCUCAUCGAAGAGAUAAAGAAUGUCAGAGUGAGAGUGUUCAGACAGACGGAGGACAGCCUCUUCCAGGCACCAAUCCAUGUCAAUAGCUACAUCUUCCUGCUUGUCUUAUCGAUGAUCCUUUUAAAUAAAUGUGCUUUUGGCUGCAAGAUUGAAUUCCAACUGCUUCAAACAGUGUGGAAGAGACCUUUUCCAAUACUUCUUGGGGCAGUUAUACAGUUUUUUCUUAUGCCAUUCUGUGGUUUUCUCUUGUCUCAGAUUUUGAGCUUGUCUAAGGCACAAGCUUUUGGAUUUGUAAUGACCUGCACAUGCCCAGGAGGAGGUGGAGGCUAUCUCUUUGCUCUCCUUCUGGAAGGGGACGUCACUUUGGCCAUUUUGAUGACUUGCACGUCAACGUCCCUGGCCCUCAUCAUGAUGCCUGUCAACUCGUACUUAUACAGUCAGCUACUGGGGUUAGCAGGUGUAUUUCAUGUUCCUGCCUUAAAGAUUGUGUCUACUCUUCUUUUCAUACUUAUGCCAAUAUCAAUUGGUGUAGUCAUUAAGCACAGAGUGCCUGAAAAAGCAGUCUGUUUAGAGAGAGUAGUGCGGCCUCUGAGUUUGACUUUAAUGUUUGUAGGGGUCUACUUGGCUUUCAGGAUGGGACUGGUAUUUCUAGGAAUGGCUAACCUAGAGGUGUUUCUUUUGGGGCUUCUGGUUCCUGCACUGGGCUUUUUGUUUGGCUAUUCCUUUGCUAAAGUCUACCUGCUGCCUCUUCCUGUUUGCAAAACAGUGGCUAUCGAAAGUGGGAUGUUGAAUAGUUUCUUAGCGCUGGCCAUCAUCCAGCUUUCGUUUUCCCAGUCCAAGGCUUAUGAAGCCUCUGUAGCUCCAUUUACAGUAGCUAUGUGUUCCGGAUGUGAAAUGUUACUGCUCCUUCUGGUCUACAAGGCUAAGAGAUGGCCAUUCCUUAGCACAGAAAAUGAAAAAACUCCUCUAGUUUAAAACUACAGAACUCUUAAUUCCUGACCUGGCUAAAGUACUAAGAGCUUAAAACUACACAUGCACUAAAGUCAUCUUCAAGUUGGCUAAAAGCUUGACAUGGUGUUAAUUUGUGCGAGUCUGUGUGUGUGUGUGUGUGUGUGUGUGUGUAUGUGUGUGUGUAACAUAUAGAUGUGUAUAACAUGUUACAUAUGUGCACACGUAUUUGUGUAUUAUACAUUACCCAUACUAAGCACCUUAUAACUGACAGUACACAUUGAGAAGGGGAUAAGAUGCCUUUGCAGUGUCUUAGUUUGGUAAUGAUUUUAUAAUGAGGAAUGCCAAUGGAAAUAAGCAGUGAAUCUUUAUAUCCUUAAGUUUCUAAGGAAAGAGUGUCCUUGGGAAGGGGCAGGAAAUGCUGACUCAGGGAAUGGGCAUGCAGAUUCAUUACCACUAGCUGAUGCCUGCACCAGCCGCCUCCCCAUUCCCACGACUGUUGAGUUGGUAUUGCUGCUUUCCCAAGCCUUUCCAA